AUGGUCUUAUGGAAGGGUUUACAAAUUGGCUUGGCGCGGUUUAGCACAGGGCCUCCUUACCGCAAGGGCAGACGCGGCUACAUUCCAGGCAAACAGAAUGGAGGUGGCACUAGCCAAGGCUCAAUCUACGGCGGGCAAAAGUUGCGGGGCCACACUGAGGGGGUGUACUCCAUCGCCUGGAGCUCCGAUGGGAGCAAACUGGCGACGGCCUCAAGGGACAACACGGGCGUGAUCUGGGACGCCACGACAGGGGAGCGCCUGAGGGUGCUCGAGAGCCACAUCAAGGAGCUCCGCUCCAUCGCCUGGAGCGCCGACGGGAGCAAAGUGGCGACGUGCUCAGCUGACGACACGGGCGCGGUCUGGGAUGCAGCAUCGGGGAAGCGCCUGAAGGAGCUCAAGGGCCACAACCGAUGGGUCCCCUCUGUUGCCUGGAGCCCCGAAGGGCGCACACUGGCAUGGGCCUCACGUAACAGAAUAGGCGUGGUUUGCCCUGAGGGGAAGCGCCUGGGGGUAAUUGCGGGUCACACCAAUUGGGUCAAGUCCCUUGCCUGGAGCCCCGACGGGAGCAAAUUGGCCAUGGGUUAUGAGGACAAGACGGGCGCGAUCUUGGACGUCGCAACGGGGGAGCGCCUGAGGGUGCUCGAGGGCCACACCCAUACGGUCCAGUCCAUUGCAUGGAGCCCUGACGGGAGCAAAGUGGCGACGGCAUCAUUGGACAAGACGGGCGCGGUCUGGGAUGCUGCAACAGGGGAGCGACUGAGGGUGCUCCAGGGCCAUAACGAUAUGCUCUUCUCGAUUGCUUGGAGUCCGGACGGGAGCAAAGUGGCGACAACCUCAGCGGACAAGACAGCAAGAAUUUGGGCAUGGCAAAAGCAUUGGUAGACAGAGCCUGAUUAGACGACUGCUGAGACACAAAUGUAAGGGCAACGUGAUAGCAUUUUCUACAGUGCCUCCCAGUUCUGGAUACUUAAACAACUGCAUGACGAUCAUUAAGUUGACCCUACUGACGGUAGCUAUUGAUGAUUCUCAGUCCCACAUCAGGGUCUCUAUUUUGUAACCAUGUGUUCUGACGUCAAAUAAGCUGAUCGACUGAGGUAUGUGCUCCA